CCCGGCCGGGAGCGGUGAGGCCGGCGGCCGGGCUGAACGCGGUGUGUCCGGGCUGUGUUGGUAGGCGAGCGGCGUGGCCCCCUCGCCCGGCUCGGCUCCUCACCAUGCUGGACGGGCUGAAGAUGGAGGAGAGUUUGCCGAACGCCCUGGACCCCGCGGCCCCGUUCUCCUCCCUGCUGGGCAGAGCCGCGACCCCCAAGUCGGUGUGUGAAGGGUGCCAGCGCGUUAUUUCGGACCGGUUCCUGCUGCGCCUCAACGACAGCCUGUGGCAUGAGCAGUGCGUCCAGUGCGCGUCCUGCAAGGAGCCCCUGCAGACCACCUGCUUCUACCGUGACAAGAAGCUCUACUGCAAGCUGGACUAUGAGAAGCUCUUCGCGGUGAAGUGUGCCGGCUGCCUGGAGGCCAUCGCGCCCAGCGAGCUGGUGAUGCGCGCCCAGAAGAGCGUCUACCACUUGCGCUGCUUCUGCUGCUGCGUUUGCGAGCGGCUCCUGCAGAAGGGCGACGAGUUCGUGCUGAAGGAGGGGCAGCUCCUCUGUAAGAGCGACUACGAGAAGGAGCGGGAGCUGCUGAGCUUGGUGAGCCCGGCUCUGUCGGAUUCUGGCAAAAGUGACGAUGAGGACAGCAUUUGCAAACUGGGCCAAACCUCAGGGAAGGGUGCUGAGGAUGGGAAGGAUCACAAGCGUCCCAAGCGGCCGCGGACAAUCCUGACCACACAGCAGCGGAGGGCAUUCAAGGCAUCGUUUGAGGUCUCCUCCAAGCCCUGCAGGAAGGUUCGGGAGACGCUGGCAGCCGAGACAGGGCUGAGUGUCCGUGUGGUGCAGGUCUGGUUCCAGAACCAGCGAGCAAAGAUGAAGAAGCUUGCCAGGAGGCAACAGCAGCAGCAGCAAGAUCAGCAAAACACACAGCGCCUGAGCUCAGCCCAGACCAAUGGUAGUGGAAGCGCAGGGCUGGAAGGAAUGCUGAACCACUACACCACUCUGCCCCCACCCCAGCAGCUGCUGGGCAUGGAUCAAAGUGUCUACAGCUCCGACCCUUUCCGGCAAGGGCUUACCCCGCCACAGAUGCCCGGAGACCACAUGCACCCCUAUGGUGCUGAACCGCUCUUCCACGACCUGGAUAGCGAUGAUACCUCACUGAGCAACCUGGGUGACUGCUUCCUCACCACGACUGAUGCGGGGCCGCUCCAGGCACGAGUGGGGAAUCCCAUCGACCACCUCUACUCCAUGCAGAACUCCUACUUCACCUCCUGAGCGUGACGUGGGC